AUGGAAACGGUUAAUAAUGACGCUCCAUCCCGGCAACAUUCCAAGUAUGGCUUCAAGAAGACAAUCACUUGGGAUGAGAAGACUAUCAGUGAACAUGAUAAAGCAAGAGGAACUCGUACAAAGAUUUUAGAGGUUGCCACUCCGUUCUGUUACAUGUCCGAUGCUGACUCGCUUGAUGAAUCCAGCAAUGAUUACCAAAGGAUGGACUGUGACAACCUCGCACAGAAAGUAGUAGAUCGUCUCUGUGAGAUUGAGAAGAUUUCCGAGAAGAGCAGACAGUUCGCGGAGCUUCGCAAACAACAUUACAGUAACGAAUAUCUUAAACGACGAUACCAACCAGAAUUGGAUGAUUGUAGUGAUGACGAACGUGAUAGUGAUUUAGAAGAGAUGUAUGACAAAUUCGUCAAUUACAAAAUCCUCAGUGAUGCAGCAGGAAAGGGGGCAUAA